UAAUGAAAGAAAUAAUUUCAGUUGAAGAAGCCUUCAGAUGCUGGCUAUGAAGAGUUUUGGGUGGAUUUCAAUAUUGGCAGUGAAAGGCUAACAUUGUUCUGUGAGCAGGACAGCCUGUAUAGUCAGGAAACACAGAUGGAUGAAGAAUUGUGGGAAACUGUUGCUAUUUAUAAGUCAGAUAUACUUCAGUGUGCAUUCCAUGAACAAAAUGGGGUUAUAGAGCUGGAAAUAUCUUUGAAGAGCCCAGUUUGUGAUCUUUAUCCAAGUCAACACCAGGAUGUGAAUGACAAUAAGAUUAAAAUUAACUUUUACCCAGAGUUGGAAGAACACAUAGCUCAUGCAGUUGGGUGUACAUUUGAUUUUGGUGAGAAAAGAAGUAAAGUGUCGACAGUGAAUACACCAUUGCAGAUUUCAAUGAAAAAGGUUCAAAAUGCUGACUUGUUGAAAAAUGUGAAGUAUUGUAUUCAGAAUCCUACAAUGCCCUCACCAGCACAAACAAGUAGUCAGGAUUCUGUUACUAGAAGACGUAAAAUAUCUGUACCAUCAAUACCAAUGGCAGUGCCAAUCAUAUCUCCAGCUGCAUGCAUGAAUCAUAUUGACCAGCAAGGGACUGCUUAUGAUUCAAUUCCAGAAACUCAGAUGGAAGAGCCAUUUAUUGAGAAAACAGUUGCCAAUCCAAAAUUGUCUUCUGAUGUUAAGAACGCAAAUCAGGACAAUAAAACGAUAUCAGAAAAAAGCACAAAAGAUUUUGCUGUUCCUAAAACACCAGUAAAGAAGACCAGAUCAAGGGUGAAGGUUAAGACUCCUGUUGUUUCGGUAACACCGCCAUCAAGAAAGACCAGAAAACAGUCUGCACAAUGUAGUGUUGCUGAAGGGGAAAGUGUUCGCAGCCAAACAUUACCAAAGGAAAAUAAGCAGCAUGAAGUGGUCAUACCAGAUUUACUGCCUUUCAAUGACAACCUUUGUAAAUCAGAAAAAGCUAGUAUGUCCAAAGCAAGUAUUUCAAAUGAGAAAAGUUUAGAUGAUAGUGGUAUUGGUAUAGAUGAGUCUAGAUCUUCUAUUGUUUGUGAUGCAUUAGACAUCUCUAAAAAUAGCCAGGAAACUAAUGAAGUUGAUGCAUCUUCAAGUAUUUUUGGAGAGAAAAUUGAAACAAGGAAGAAUUCUAAAAAGGUAAUGUCCAGAAAGACUGCUCAAAAUCAACAAGCAGAAGGCAAAUUGAAGAAUGUGAAAGAUAAUCGUGAUAAAUUCACACCAUUAAAUGAGGUAACUGAGGAGGAUACUUCAGUUGAAGGAGACAAGGAAAAUGUCAUUGAAAGUACCACUGAUGGAAAGGAUACAAAUUUUGGUUUUCAUGCUGUCAGUAUUAAUGAACCUGUUGUCAGUAUUCCAGACAGUUUGGAAAAUUCAAUUUGUUCAGACAAACAAUCUUGUACAGAAGAAGAAAUGGAGUGUAAAUCAAAAUCCAACACCUCUGUUAAUGGAAAAAAGCGUAAUAAAACUAAAAGCAAGAAGGGUACAAAUAUAGUUCAGAUUGAUCAUUUGGGGUCUGUUGGAAAGGAUGAUGAAAAAACGGGCAGUGGAAAAAAGAAAGGGAUGACAAAGAAGAAAAGCUUUACAGAUAUUGAUGAAUCAUUGAAGGAACUUCAUGAUUUGGAAAAUAAUGAAGAUAUAUUAAAAGAGGAAAUACAGGGUGACAAUGAAAGAUCAAAGUCAAAAGAGGUUAAAGAAGGUGAUAAUGAUGGUGAUGUGUAUGCCUUUUCUGAUCCAGAUCCAUAUUUUCACAAAAAAAGAACAUCAGAUAAGCAGGUUUUAGAUAAAAGAUAUAAAACAAAAAGUGGUGAAGACAACAGAAAGGAAGCAAACAUAAAAAGGAAAGCUGUUUGUAAACAGGAAGAGCCAGUUAUUUCUAAACAUGUUGAAAAUGAAAACAAUGUUACUACUGGAAAGCAGCAUGAUAGACCAAAACAAGGAGGAGAUAAUGAAAAAGAGUGCUAUGAAAUAAAGAGUAAAGAUACUGACAAAUUCAAGGCCAAAGAUCAAUGCAAACAGAGGAAAGAUGAAAAAUGUUAUGAUGAAUUGAAGGGUGAAGGCAAGAAAUAUUUUAACAAAAAUCUAGACAAGGACAGACAAGAUAAAAGUGAACUGAUUGAACAAAGAGAUUUAAAAAGGGGAAGAGCUAAACGAACAGAAAAGGUACAAAAAGCAGAUAAUGAUGCCAAUGAAAAUAAAUCUGAUAAUAAAAAAGUAGGAAGGUCAUUGAGAAAAAGAGGCAAUCAGAGUAAUAAAGGGCUUGAAAAUAGAAGACCUGAGGAAAUUUCUUCACCAUCUAGCAGUAGUGAAAGCAUUGGAAGUCAAGGUAAACAUAAAUCACAAAUGACAGUCCCUUCCACAGAGAAGACACAGGAAAAAAGUAUGGAUAGGAAAACACCAGAAAAUAGUCCAAGUAAAAUAGCAGUUAAUGAACAGAAAAUAAAAUCUAGUCUCAAGAAGAAUAAGAACUCCUCAGAACCUGAAAAAGACACAAAUAAAAGAAAAUCAAGAGUUUCAUUUAACCUGCCUAACAGACAAUCACAAGAAAGUGACACUCAAGUUGAUGAGCAGCAUAACAAGCCCCAAAAUGAAAAUUUAGAGUGUGAGCAUAAACUCAGUGAUGUUGUUGAAGAUAACAAAUUUAAAACAGAACAUCUAAAUCAUCCUCAUGAAUUAGAUGAUGAGACAGCUGAAAUCAAAGAAAACAUAAAUUCAGGAGCAUCAUAUAGUGCAAACAGUAAAAAAUCUUCAGCUAAAAAUAAAUUGAUUAAAGGAAAUAAUAAAAGCAAGAAAGAGGUUGUGGAGGAAACAAUGGAGAUAGAUGAUAAAUAUGCUUUAAGUAAAUUAAUACCAUGUGUGUCUUCACCAAUGUCUUACUCUGAUUCUUCUGACUCACUGUACAUUGAAAGUGAUGACAGUUAUAAUGCAAGGCGUUAUAAAAUGGAAAAUGGUCGCUGGAACACAUCAAAGCGAAAAAAGAGAUCAUCUUUGAAACCAAGGAGAAAUGAUACUAGUGAAGAAGCAAAGACUGAAAAUCAUGCUUUUAAUGCACACUCUGAUGUUUCCAGGCCUGUUUUAAAAGAACUAGGUAACAUUUGUAAUAAAAAUACUACUAAAGGUAGGGAAAAGUCAAAGAAAGAUGGCAAGAAGUCUAAUGAGCAAGUAAAGGGAUUUGCAAACACCAAAAAAGCAGACAAAGAACCUGAUGAAAAGUCAUAUUCAAGUAAAUUUGAUCUAGAAAAUAGAAAUGGAAAGAUUGAUAUUGAGACUAUAGAUAUCAAAAAAGGUAAAGUUUUGAUGCAUAAUAGCUGUAGUAAGAUGCUAACUGAUAAUGAGAAUAGCUUGUCAGAAAGAGAACAUUUCAGGGAAGAAAGUGAACAGUUUGAUAAAGGACUGAAUAUGGAAAUAGAAAAUGUUGAAGAAAUACAUGAACUCCAAGAAGCAAUUGUACCCUAUGUAAAAACUAAAGAAAAUGCAACAAAAGUUAGUAAAGAAGGAAAAAAUUCUGAAAAGAAAAUGAAAACGAAUUCAACAUUUUCAAUGGAACAAAGUUUUGAAAAAGUGGAAUGUGAUGAUUCAUUUGCUGUUUCCCAACAAAGCAUUCAAACUAUUUCAAAUGCAAAAGGAAAAAGUUUGGUUUUUCAAAUGUCAUACCUAAAGUCCAAAACAAACUAUUGGAAUAGAAAUAAUUUGAAUACUGAGAAACCUCCUACAGCCCCCUCAUAUGAUCCUUAUGAUUUUGAAGCACAUUGUGAAAAUGCUUCCAUGGCUUCUGAGAAAGUUGGCAGAAAGGAUAAAUUAAACAGCAGUAAACAAAAAAAGCCUGAUAAAAAGAAAAGGCCGAACUCAAAAGAACAUAAAGUAAAAGUAGAAAAAAUAGAGAACUCAUCCUUAGAUUCUCAAGAAAGUUUUUCUCAAGAAAUUGAUGAUAGAAAUGUUUCAAAAUGUGAAAAGAAUUCCUCAGGAAGGCAGAAACAUCAGUCUCAUGAAAGCAGUAAGAAAAAGAAAGAUAGUAAAACUGAAAGGUUAAACAUGAAUAAAAACAGUAUUAAUCACAUACCAGCAUAUAGCAGUAACUUACAAGAUUAUAGCUCCCAAGAAAUGGUGGUAGACCUUACUCAUGAAAAGGACCAGUUUCAAAAUGAUAAGCAUGCGGAAACUAACCUAGUUCAGGAUAAGAAAACAAAGAAAUGGUACAGAACAAAUAAAGACAAUGUUGAAGAGUAUGCAGAGAAUAGCAGAAAAGAGAAUAAGAGGAACAAAGCUAUAAAGGAAAGAGUGACAGGAGAGUUUCCUUCUGUUGAUUCAUUCAAUAAAGGUAUGAUGACCAGCUUACCUAGUGAGGAUGAAGCAAUGAUCAUUGAUUCAUCGAUGGAACAAAACAUUAGUCAAUUCAGUAAAAUACUAAAGGAAAUCACAUCAAGGAGACAGAUAUGUGAUAAAGAUCUCAAUUUUUCCAUCAAUGCAGACCUGGAUGAUGACAUUGCAGAUAUCAAGACACCAUGCAUUGAAUCUAUCUCAUGUACACCAAAAGUUUGGUCUGGCAAGAGAAAACAGUACAAUCCUCUAAAUGUUAGUGUGAUUAAGACACCACAGUCCUGUAAACUCACUGACACAGAGGAUGAUGAAGAUUCCGAUGUAGCCAAGUCCAAACCGAUUAAGAGAAAAUCCAGAAAGAAAAAGACUGUUAAAUAUAAGGAGGUUUCAGAGAGUGAAAGUGAAGAUGAAAAGAGUGAGUGUAGAUCCAGAAUGAGCACAGAAUCUGUAAGUCUAUUAGAUAGCAGUCAAAACAUAUAUAACAGGAGUGAGAAAAGUUGGAUAUUAGAACGUAAGAAAACACCAAAACUGAAAAAAUCUUCAAAGACUUACAAAGCUAGUAAGAAGAACAAGAACAGAUAUUAUCAGGACAUUGAUGAUAGUAUAGCCAGUGAAGAUAACUCUGAUGAUGAACAAGAUGGAUUGAUGAAAGAAGAUGGCAGCUUACUUGAGGACAAAUUGCACAUGAUGAAGGAAUAUUUACAGCAAAUGGGCACCCCAUUGACAAUUCCUAGCUUAUCAUUAAAAACGCCAAUACUUACCCCAAGUAUGAAGUCAUUAAAAAGUUUAGAAGAUAUAAAUGACAGUAUACCAACUCCAUCGUCACCAAGGAAAAGAAACAAAAAAGGAAAUAAAUAUAAAGAUGAUAUUGAUGUUGAACAAAUACAGGAAAACUGCUCAAUUUCACUCAAUAUGAGUGGUCCAAACAGCGAGGAAGAAUGUGAUAGCUCAGAAGAUAUGGAAUCCCAAGCAGUUGUGAGUCUGAAAUCCUAUGAGGGACUAAAUCACAGUGAUGAGAGUGCUGAUGAUGAAGACAGAUUUAAAGAGAAACUUUUACAGCAAAAUAUGAAACUCCUUGCUGAAAGUGGCUUUACCUCAGGUCCAUCAUCUGAAAUGCGACCUACAAGAUCAAGUUUAAAGAGAAGAUUUUCAGAUAUAGAGGAGAAUAGAAGUUUGGAGUCUUCAAUCAGCUCCCAGGUAGAAUCAGAAGAUGAGAUGGAAAAGUCAGUCUUUGUACCAAAGAAAUUAUUCAAAUUUGAUCCAGCAGUGAAUACUCCACAAGCACCUAGUUUGUACAGUGAUGGCACAGAGGAGACUGAAAUUGACUUUGGUUUCCAGUCAGGACUGUCUACUGUUAUGGCAGCAUUUGGAACUGAUAUACAACAUCAUUUAAGGGAUAAAAAACAAAAGAUUGAAAGAUUCACAAAGGAAACUUUAAAGGAAACACAAAAACAUUUUCACCAUACAUUAGUAGAGCAACAGCAAUACUUGUCUAAUAUCACAGAUGACUUCAGCGCUAAAAUGUUACUAGAAUUGACAGCUCUUGAGAAUGAUAUUGAACGACUUAGUGAUGCAGAAAAGAAAAUGGAGGAAUAUUUCAAGUCACAGUUUGAUACACUCAUAUGUAAUGAGGAAUCACAGAUUAAAAGACUGAACAAUAUGAAGAAGCUGCAUUCUUGCUUCCUGGACAAAUCCAAGAAAGUGAACAAGUAUAAUUACAAUGCACAUAAAAACUUCCAAGAGCAGAUGAAGAAGGAUAUGGCAGCUUUGCAAAAGAAAUUAGUGGCAGAAACGCAAAGGCAACAGUAUAUGGAUGUAAAGAUGAAACUUCAACAAAUGUUUUAAAUCCAGUAACAUGAUAAAAUUGUUAGUUGAAUGCUUUUGAGAUAGUAUCAUGGAUAAAAUUAUCUUUAGCAAAUUAAAUUUUUUUGCUUUUCAUGAAGAAAAAUUAGAUUUUCAUGUAAGCAUAUUUAUUUUUACCUGAUUGAUUUCCAAUAUUUUGUUUUUGUCACCAUGAUCUUAUUACAUUUGUAUUUAUGAAAAGAUAAUAGCACAUAACAAGAAGAAAAGGAGAAUUAAAAUUGUGCAACAACCACCAAACAAAAUUUACCCAUAGAAUGCUGGAACAAAAAAUGAAAAAGUCUUUUCCUCCAAUCAAUGUGCAAUCUGGCUAUAAUGUUCUAAAUUUCAAAUUUUCAUCAUGAAUUCCCCAAAUGUAUAUUAGACAGUCCUAAAAAUGGACGCUAUACAUAUCUAUUUAAGGAAUGCAACAACUUUAAUGGAUAAUUCUAAAACAGAUUGCUACAGGUUAAAGGUAUAAAGUAUCUUAUAAAAGCACUGACACAGAAAUAAUUCUCACCUUCGUUAUGAGUUUUGAAUGAAGAUUUCUUGCAGAAUUAUAUGCUAUCUCAAAUAUAUGUUGAGACAGUGAAGUAUACCAAACUUAUAAAAAAGUAACUUUACAUUUGUUAGCUUUGUAAAUAAUUUUUUUUGCAAUGUAUACAAUUCCUUUAUUUAGCAGAGUUAUUUAUUGUUAUCACCUUUUUAGAAGUUUGAUUAAAACAUUUACCAUUGAAAUGUGAUUUUGCAACUGUGAUAUAUGUAUUUUAGACUUUAGCUUGGUUACAUUAGUAAAUUUUACUCUGCAUAAAUAUGUUGUAAGAAUGUUUGUAUUUUUUUAAACAAUUUGUGAUUGAGUAGUUUUUAUUAGUGAAUGUUUUCUGUAUUUCAUUUAUGAAAUAGACACAAAGUUGAUUUGGACAGUGUAUAUAUAAAAUACUAACACAAUCUUACUAUGUUACUGAAACCAGUAAGUAUAAACUCGGGUUAUGAUUAUGUAUGAUGAAAUGUGUUAAAGUAACUUGAUGUCGUUCUGAAUGGAUUGAGAUUUGUAAAUAUUGAUGAUCUGACAUUUUUCUCAUGUGUUGUAUAAACUAUAACAAUUUCAAAUUUUCUAUUUUAAGAUGUUGUUAAUUUUUAAUUAAGUUUAAUGUUUUACUUGAAAAAUAAAGUGUAAAAAAGAAAUA